CCUUAGCCGGUCCGUGGUCUGACAGGAGGCUCCCCUUCCGCUCCGGCCCGUCCCAGCGUCCCGGGCCGGGGUCUCCCCUCCCAGUCUGUGUUGGACGGGGGCGCUGAGGCGGUGGCCGGGCCUGUCUGAGGAAGAGGGUGGGGCGUAGUCUAAGGACAGCCAAUAAGAGAGAAGGAAGCCACAAUUGGCGGCCAUGAGCGCUAAUGGGAGAUCGCCUUUGCCUUGUGGAGUGCCGCCCUCUUCUCUUCUCCCGCCUCCUUCCUUUUGGAGGAAGGCGGGGCCAGAGGACUGAAGUGUGGGGAGAACUUGGGCUCUGCUCUGCUUUAUGAAAUAUGGGAGACGACAGACCGUUUGUGUGCAAUGCCCCGGGCUGUGGACAGAGAUUUACAAACGAGGACCACCUGGCAGUUCAUAAACACAAGCAUGAGAUGACCCUGAAAUUUGGCCCAGCCCGGACUGACUCAGUCAUUAUUGCAGAUCAAACGCCUACUCCGACUAGAUUCCUGAAGAACUGUGAGGAGGUGGGGCUCUUCAAUGAACUGGCUAGUUCCUUUGAACAUGAAUUUAAGAAAGCUGCAGAUGAAGAUGAAAAAAAGGGUGCUGCUGGGCCUCUUGACAUGUCUCUGCCUUCUACCCCAGACAUCAAAAUCAAGGAGGAGGAGCCGGUGGAGGUGGACUCAUCGCCCCCCGACAGUCCUGCCUCCAGCCCCUGUUCCCCACCACUGAAGGAGAAGGAAGUUGCCACAAAACCUGUUGUGAUUUCUACCCCUACACCCACCAUUGUACGUCCUGGCUCCUUGCCUCUCCACUUAGGUUAUGAUCCACUUCAUCCAACUCUUCCUUCCCCAACCUCUGUCAUCACACAGGCUCCACCAUCUAACAGGCAAAUGGGAUCUCCUACUGGCUCCCUCCCUCUUGUCAUGCAUCUUGCUAAUGGACAGACCAUGCCUGUGCUGCCAGGGCCUCCAGUACAGAUGCCUUCUGUUAUUUCGCUGGCCAGACCUGUGUCCAUGGUACCCAACAUUCCUGGUAUACCUGGCCCACCAGUUAACAGUAGUGGCUCCAUUUCUCCAUCUGGUCACCCUAUGCCAUCAGAAGCCAAGAUGAGACUAAAAGCCACUCUGACCCACCAAGUCUCUUCAGUCAAUGGAGGUUGUGGAAUGGUGGUGGGUACUGCCAGCACCAUGGUGACAGCCCGUCCAGAGCAGAACCAGAUCCUCAUCCAGCACCCUGAUACCCCAUCCCCUGCCCAGCCACAGGUCUCUCCAGCCCAGCCCACCCCUAGCACUGGGGGACGGCGGCGGCGCACAGUAGAUGAAGACCCAGAUGAGCGACGGCAGCGAUUUUUAGAGCGAAACCGAGCUGCAGCCUCCCGAUGCCGCCAAAAGCGGAAGCUGUGGGUGUCCUCCCUGGAAAAGAAGGCAGAAGAACUUACUUCUCAGAACAUUCAGCUGAGUAAUGAAGUCACAUUACUACGAAAUGAGGUGGCUCAGUUGAAACAGCUGCUGUUAGCUCAUAAAGACUGCCCUGUCACUGCACUACAGAAAAAAACUCAAGGCUACCUAGAGAGUCCCAAGGAAAGCUCGGAGCCGACGGGUUCUCCAGCCCCAGUGAUUCAGCACAGCUCUGCAACAGCCCCUAGCAACGGCCUCAGUGUUCGCUCUGCAGCUGAAGCUGUGGCCACCUCGGUCCUCACACAGAUGGCCAGCCAAAGGACAGAACUGAGCAUGCCCAUACAGUCACAUGUGAUCAUGACCCCACAGUCGCAGUCUGCGGGCAGAUGAUGCCUCCCAUGAUGGAGAGAUCCCCAGCCAGAGCUCGCCCGCCUGAGCCAAGAGAGAGAUCAACUUACCCCUCCCAUCUGCCUUGGAUGUGGCAGUAUGGGAGAGGAGGAAAUUGUGUGUUGUGAGUAUGGACAGAUGUGGGGCUUUUCUCUUUAGCCACAUGAUCAUGUACGCUUGACACCUGUGCUAGGGGCUUCUGGCCCCAAAGCCACACAGAUCAUCCCCCAAGAGUGGGGUUUCUUAUGUACCUACAGCCAAAGGCCUUUGCAUAUGGUCCGAGCAGUCAUCCCUGGCCCUGAUGCAUGUGUACCUGUCUCUUAACACUAACCCUUGCGCUUGUAGGUUUGGGGUUUUUCAGUGUCCUCUCCUCCCAAUUGAGCUGUGGCUGUUAUCUUCUUAUUCCUUACUAGCAUGCCACUUCCUGCCAGAUAGAGGGAGACUAGAUUUGAUGGCAUGUUACUUGCUGUCUCGACCCCAGCCACCCCAUGCACUCAGGACUUUGUCUCCCAAUAGCUGCUUAUUUAUCUCUUUCCCCCUCCUCUUCCUAAUUGCAGUGAAAACAUUCACUUAUUGAGAAUGUAAUACCUUUGAUGUAUGAAGUAGCAGUAUUUUCCACCUCUUCCCUGUGCUUUAUUCCUUAUUCCCAUCUGCUACCAAAAACAGACACAAACAAAAAAAAAAAGCAAAACUCUGAGAGUUUGAAUCAUUUUCAUUUCCAAAUCUAUUGGGUACCUCAUUUUGUCUCUUGACUUUCCUUAGUCUAGUGGUGGGGUCUUUCCUACCACCCCACUAUGGCUUGGGAACCUCAUCUUGUGGCCUUAUUGUUAGUGGCAAUGAAAAGGGAGAGAGCCUGGGAUCUAACUGGGCUUCCCUGUCUCCUUCCCCACCCUCCAGUUCUAAUCAUCAGGGCAGACAGGAACAGUGUAAUUUAAAACUCGUUCCAUCAGGUUACUGGAUUAUCUAAUUCUUUGGUGUUUUACAAUAGUUUACUGGCUGAAGUCUACAUACUGUCAUCUUUGGUCAUCUGUGUGCUCCCUCCUCUCCACUUUGUUCCCCUCUCCACAUCACUGCCUUUCCCACCAUCACUGCUUUAAAUCAGCCCUCCUGGAGGUUCUCUUGUUCUGUGUUCCUCCUACAGCUCUCAGCCUCCCUUCUCUUCUGAGGUAUGUCUUGUUCCUGCCAGUGUCCAUCCCCUUCUCUGGAAACCUUCUUUCUCUCACCAGGUUCCUAGCCUAGCAGCCACUAGGUGUCUCUAGUUCUGAAAUUUCUUUGAACUCUUUUUUUUUUUUUUGUUCUGAGCCCCACAAAUGUUGUGCUUGUCCAAGGAACAGGCUCCAGGACUCUGAAACAUUGUGGUCAAGGUCCUGAGUGGCUUUUGAGUAUGAGUGAGUGGAGAGAGAAGAAGAAAAUGUAUAAACUCAACAUAGUGCUCAGGAUAUGGCCUGUUUGUCUGGGAGAUUGCUGACUGUGGCUAUUGGCUCCCUUAUUUGGUGGGAUACAGGGAAAGAAAUAACACCCCUCCUCUUCCUCGUCUCUCCUUGGCUCUGAACACUGCAGUCUCUUCCAGAGCCAGAGGCCUGUGGAUAGAUAGGUCAGCUUUAACAGCUCUGAGUAGAAAGCCGUCCCAGUUGUCCCAGAGCCACCUUCUGCCAUCUGCUCAAGCCAGGAGUCUUCUUUUCUGCCUCCAUCUUAAAUGUACAGAGUAACUGCUUGCUUUCUUUUUUAUUUUAUCUUCCAAAACUCGUUGUCAUGGAGGAAUGAGAAAAUGUUCUGUCUUACAUGAUUAUUCUUCAGUUUAGACGAGGAGCCCAUCCUGUGACAUGUCCUCCCGCAUUUUAUGUUCCCUCCUCCUCUAUCAUCAGUGCUGAACAGGCCACACCCAGUGAACAAACAAAAUGGUUUCCUCAACCUCUACCACCAGGGUCUCACCAGGAACGGCCCCUGAGGUGACAAGGCUAGCAGAUGUCACCAGACGGUCAGAGCAGGCCACCAUCUCCAGGGAUUUCACUUGGCUUUAGAACCUCACAGCCAUAGUUUGUGCUCAGGACUUACUCAGAUGGCUGCUUCCUGGACUUUUUUUUUUUUUUCCUGUUUAUAAAUUUUGUUUCUUUUCUUUCUUUUUUUUCUUUUUUCUUUUUUUUAAUGGCUUUUCAAGACAGGAUUUCUCUGUAUAGCCCUGGCUGUCCUGAACUCACUCUGUAGACCAGGCUGGCCUUGAACUCAUAGAGAGCCACCUGCCUCUGCCUCCCCGAGUGCUAGGAUUAAAAGUGCGAGCCACCACCGCCAGGCAUCUUUUUUUUUUUUUUUGUCUUGACUUCCCACUAGCAGCCCUGCACUAAAGCAUGAAAGAGUUUAUGGCUCCUGAGGAGCCCUCACAGACCCUUGGCUAUUUUUCUUCCUCCAUCAGUCGAGGGUUUUUAAAGUUGCGAAUCGGUCAGUGUCACUUCAUAUGUACCGAACAGUCUGCCCCUGUGUGGAUGUCUAGUGUAUGUGGAGGUUCUUUGUCACUUUCCUGACUCUCAUGUCCGCUUCUCUUGAGUCUUUGUUUUCCUAGCAGGAAGUUAGUGCUGGGGACCUGAGUGAUGCAGGGCACCAUCAGAAUGGUAGCAGGGAAGCAGCACUGAAAUUAGGGGCAGGACAACCCCAGAUACCUCUGUAGUUGGUUCUCAGUUCUGCUCUAAGAAAGCAGAGCAAGCCGGGCGGUGGUGGCGCACGCCUUUAAUCCCAGCACUCGGGAGGCAGAGCCAGGCGAAUCUCUGUGAGUUCGAGGCCAGCCUGGGCUACCAAGUGAGUUCCAGGAAAGGCGCAAAGCUACACAGAGAAACCCUGUCUCGAAAAACCAAAAAAAAAAAAAAAAAAAAAAAAAAAAAAAAAAAAAAAAAAAGAAAGCAGAGCAACUGCUUACAAUAACACUUCUCUUAUAGUCCUACAUUAUCGCUCCCAGUGGUCACCACCCUGAGCAUCCUAUGAUGUGCCAUAGAGGAGUCUCUGGUCAUGGCUAUUUGGGAUUCUGAAUGCUUCUUGUAUUUGGAUAUCAAUUUCUGUCUCUAGGUUUAGGAAAUUUUGUGCUAAAAUUUCAUUAAAUAAUUUGACUAUUACUUUUGAAUUUAUCUCAGGUCCUCCUUCUACCCCAUGGGUUCUGAGGUUUGUUUGAUCUUUUAAGUAUAUCCCAAGCUUUUUGGAAAUGCUGCUCAUGUUAAUUUAUGUGUGUGUGUGUGUGUGUGUGUCUGUGUCUGAGUAUUAUUAUUGUCUCAACUUUGUCCUCCAUUCCCAAACUGCUUGAUCUUAUCUCUUGGUGAUGCUUUCUGGUGAGGUUUUUUUACUUGAUUGUUUCUUUCAUGUUAAUUUCUGUUUGGUUCCUUUUCCAUGUUUGAAUGCCCUCACUAAAAUUUCCCUCCAUUUCUGACUUUCUCCUCCAGCUUACCCACUAUUUAGUUCACUUUGGAGGUUUUGUAUGUAAUUCCUUAGUUCAUUCAUGUGUAUUUGAGAUUUCUAUACAGUCAUGUAUCCUUUUUUAAAAUGAGACUCUGAAUUCUUUCUCAGACAUUUCAGCCAUCUCAGUACCUUUGGUUUCCAUUAAGGAGAGGUUUGGAGUGUGUCCUGGUGGGUUGUUGUCUCAUAAUCUUUGUGUUUCUCUGUGGCAUUUUAUGCAUCAGUCAAGAUGGAUAUGUCCUCUGGUUUUAACUCAUCUUUUUCCAACUCUGUUUUGUUUUACAUAAGUCCACUGAGCCCUUCUUAAGAACCUAUCAGAAAGGAGCUGAGAAUGUGAUGUCUGAGGACUCUUCUGAGCGAUCACAACCUGCUCUGUGCUCUAGCUGUCCCACUCCCAUAUAACAAAGCUUGUUCAGAGUUGGGAAGGCUGAGAAGCCUCCCAGCACCCAAGAGAACUACAAAAGACAUGGCUCCUUACUCCUUUUCUGUUGGUUGAACACCCUAAGUCGGCCUGCCUCCUUCCUCCACUCCUGUCCAUGCUGUAAGCACCAGACCACACACUAAAGGGAGCUGUGCUGGUGAACCUUGCCUUGCUGCCUGCCUUCCCUCUCCAUUCUGUAGCUCUGGACUCCUUUUCUUGAUUCACUUCUCCCAUCUCCUCAGGGACCUGCCCUCCAGCACCAUCAUCCUGAGAGAUGGAGUGCUUUACUGUAACCUGUCCUAUUGACAGCCUGAACCACGAGAAAGACAGACACACACACACACACACACACACACACACACACACACACACACACACACACAGAAUUCUUCCUCUGGCUCCUGAGAGGCUCCUUAAAGGUGCUAACUCCUGAGAUUGCUCUUCCCAGUUUGUCCCUUUUAUAACUUUCUUCCCAUCCCCAGAUCACAUUUUCAUUAAUAUUAUCUAUUAUAUCCACAAAAAAAUAAAUACGUUCUAGUCAGUCUGUUUACACUCCAAUCUUCCUGCUGUGUCACACGUGCCUUUGUUGAUGAGCUCCUCCUACUUUCUUUAGACGUGUCUGUCCGGAGUUAGAGGUGUGGAGGAGCAGGACAGAUGAGGACCCUAAGGCCUAUUAGAAGACCCCACCCCACUACAGUCCAGCUAGACAUUCUUCUUACAAAUGCUGUUUCUCUCAGUACGCAUGCGUGUACAUAGACAAAUCCUCCUACUCUGACCGGAGUGGUGACCCCACAGCACAGUGCCUACUGGCCAACAUUCCCACCUUCUGCACUGUUCCUUUGAGGUAAAAUCCUACUCCAGAAUGAACAAGGCUGGUGAGAGUAGGGCAGGUUAAGGCAGCUUAUGUCCUUGUAGAUGCAAGUUUCUAUUUUAGCUACUAGGUGUUUUCUUUGGUUUUUUAUUGUUUUUUAAUGUGGACCUGGUAGGCUACCCUAUACCCCAGCUACUGGAGAGUAAGGGUUUAGCUGGUAAGUGGCUGUGAGCACUAGUUUCAUUGACUUACCUUAGGGCAGUGGUUCUCAGAACAUGGUUCAAGAGCAGCGUCAGCAGCACCAUCAUCUGGAGCUUGCUGAAAAUGCACGCUCUUGACCAUUCCAACCCCCCGAGUUGGACACCCUGAAGGUGAGCGUUAAGAAGCACUCUGUGCUUCUAGUACACACUAAUGCAUGAGUCCCUGGGGGACAGGCUGGGAGCAUCUUAGCUCUGGGAUGACAAGGAUUACUUUAAAUGUGUACUCUGCCUUAGCAUUGACUUUUUUAUUUCCCCCAGUCCCUUCCUCCACUCCCAUUAAAAUAGCCACCACCACAUCACUCAUCUCAAAUUCUAGGUUUCUCUUCCUUCUAGUCUUAGUUCUAAAACCUUUUCCUGUAUUGUUCUGGGCAGGACUUACCCGUAUUUCCUUGCAGGCUUCUCACUCUGCAUUUUUGGUGACAUUAAGAACCAGCAGGAAAGCCGGGCAGUGGUGGCGCACGCCUUUGAUCCCAGCACUUGGGAGGCAAAGGCAGGCAGAUCUCUGUGAGUUCAGGGCCAACCUGGUCUACAUAGGGAGUUCAAAGCUACACAGUGAGACCCUGUCUCAAAACAACCAACCAAGCAAAUCAUCAGGAGCCAUAGUUGUCCAGUUUCUCCUUGUGCACAGACACACACCUCUUGCAGGCAGGGAGAUUAGCCUCCACUCCCACAGUGGAGCCUGCUACAUCCUGAUAGAGUAUCUGUUGAGAAGAAAGAAAUGUGUAUCUAUGAAUAUAUCUCUGUUCACCUAUAUAUUUUUGACAUGUAGCAAUACCUCUCCAUCCUCAAGGAACUCAACCCAGCCUGGGUCUCCCCAGGCUCCAGUGGUAGACCCUGACAGGUGGGAGGAUACAGUGCUAUGGGAUGUUUUGUUACAAAACUGUCUUUUCUCUUUUCCCUCCACCCAAUUCAGCAUGACCCCUGUGAGCAGGCUCUCACAAUCUCCUGGGGCGGGGCUGAGGCAGGGGCUUUGAGCUCAUUUCCCUAACCGUCCCUUCUUAUUUCCCCCAUGCCAUUUAGUAGUUAUCACCCAGCCUUGCCUUCUCGCUCCGUCCUUUGCCCUGACAUAUACUGUGCCUUAUUUAUGCUGCAAAUAUAACAUUAAACUAUCAAGAGAAUCACGGGUAUGUUUGGUGCUUCCCUACUCAGACCCACGAGACCCACUGGACUUUGAUGUUUGAUCAUCCUCUCCCUUCCAUUUCUUAGGGCAGAAAGAGCAGGGCUCUCCUCUCUGCCUUCUGUAGGUAACAUGGCGUUACAAAAGGCACAGAGUUCAGAUCUUUGAACUGCCUCAGAGACAAGGCAUCACCAGAAUACUGACUGGAGAACUUAAUGUGUGCUUCAUUUAAAUGGGAAGUGGGGUUGCCUGAAGACCAGGAAUCUCUUCUCUUUCAGUGUUUUGUCCUCAUUCCCUUCCAACAAUUGAAAAGAAAGAGACAGGGAGUGUCCACAGAGACAGACAAUGUCAAGCUUUCUGUAGAGGGAGAGAGAGCUGGAGAGAUGAUUCAAUGGUUAGGAACACACACUGCACUUGCAGAGGAUCCGAGUUUGGGUCCCACAUCCACGUUGGUUGCCUCACAGCUACCUAUAACUCCAGCACCAGGGGAUCUGAUGCCCUCUUCUGGCCUCCACAAGCACUGCACUCACCUGCACAACCCCCUCCCCAACACACACACACACACACACACACACACACACACACACACACACAAA